AUGCCAGGCAUCAGCAAGAAACCUUCCUUCUCCUCCAACCCCGGCAGCACCCCCGGCUCGCCCAACAACAAGACGGUUCGUCUUGCCGAGAACCCUCACGUCUCCGCUUUUCUUUCUCCCAAGUCCCGCAUCUACGCCGGUGGUCAUGGAUACCCCGGACACCCCAAUCCAUCCAAGGGCAAUCAUGGACCAGGCGCAUUCUCUGCCACCUCCGUCACAUCUGAUGCCUUCGCCAUCUCAGGCAAGCAACUCACCCCUGACGAAGUAGCCCAGAAGAUCGCAUCUAUGCUCAAACCCGGUCCUCCCUUCUUCUCUCGCGUCAGCAACGCUGAUCUCAUCGAUUUCAUCUCCGAUGGCUCCAUCAUGAAUUGCGACAAGCUUCGCGCUCAAGCUGAACAGCUCGAGGCUAAAAAGCAAGCUAGUAGGGCAAACACCGCAUUCGUUCCCUCCGGAACCGUUGUUCGUCGUAGAGCAGAGGAAGAGAGAUGGACAGGAGUGGGUACUGUCUGGUCUUCCCUUGACGGACUACCUGCCGGUGCUGGAUGGGGUAAGAUUCCCGGUGCUCCCGCUACUGUUCAGGGUGGAAGCGGAUUCUCGACCAAGUCAGGAAGUGGAGGGAUGGAAGAUGAUGGAUUGUGGAACGCUAUUACGCUCAGCGUUGAUAUUGACUGUACCACUGUCGAGCUUGCUAAGAGUGUGGUUGUUCCCACGCAAGUUUUGCAGAACAACCAUUUCUACAACGGUAACGCUCAGUCAUUGUUCCACGAUAUCGGAGCUGGUGUCAAGUACAAGUUCGAUAACCUGGUCGGAAAAGCUACGGGAGGGUUGAGACAUAAAGCUUCCUCCAGCGCUCUUGGUGGCGCUGCUGGCUCGAGUGGAUCCAAGAUCGCUCCUAACUACCUUUCCCUUUCUGCAUACACCGAUCCCAACGCUGCAUUUGGUGCUAAUGCUUUCGAGCUCAAGUGGCCCAGUUGGAUGCCUUGGGGCAAGAAGCACACUCCUGCUACGCCUACCACUCCUGAAGCUGGCGAGCAUGCAGGGGGACAGAAGCGUGUUUGGGUUCCGAGCUCGACCAAGGUUUCGAUUCACGCUUCUUGGUGGGGUUACAACCUUUACCUGCCCCAGUCGGUGCUCGAUUCGCUCGAUGGAGAUGUUGAUGAGGCUGAGAAGAUCGCCAACCUUAUCAACAAGUGCUUGACUUUCAUCCUCAACAACGUUCCCGCAGGGUUGCCUCCUGCGUUCUUUGCCGUGGUAACAAUUCUCAAAGCGAUCGCACCUACCACCGGUUACAUUAGCACCUUCAUCGGAUGGAGUUGGGACACUAUCAAGAGCUUCAACAAGGGCCAGGGCGUUAUUCUUUCCGCAACCUGGAUCUUGUCCGUCGCACUUAUCCCUCGUGCUUGGGAUGCUCCCGCCUCCCCCGGUUCGAUUCCUACCACACCUGUCACUGCCAACCCAAACCCUACCACUCCCACUACAUCCGCCCCUCCCAGCGCCCCCACCGACACAGCCCCCAGCACUGGCACCUCCGGCAGCGGCAUGCCAAUCACUCCCCAACGCUAUCAACGGUACCGAGCCUACGACACCACCGAUCCAGAAAACACUCCUAUCCCUAUCAUCACAAACCCCGUCCCAGCCCCCGGAGCAACCCUGCCACCAGCAAACCCAUCCCAAAUCAGCUUAGACUUGACCCCACCUCCCGCUAAUGACACUUCCAACGCCACAUACCCAGGUGAUGCCAGAGGUCGCGGUGGCGAUCCCACAACCUCUGCUUCUAUGGGAAACACUCCUGCGCCCGCAAACCAGGUUCCCAUCGACGCUGAGUCGUAA